CAAAUAACCCCUAAGGUCCCGGCAUCUGGCUAUCCUUCCUUGUACUCCUCCACUUUCCGCCGCCGGUAUCCGAUACUCACAUUGUCAAAUUCCAAAAUCACCCCUAACAAAAUCUUUAAUUCACCCAUCAUUAGACACUGAUGCAAAGCCCAUUAUCAUUGGCUUUAAAUACCGCCCAUUCCAAGUUUCCAACCAAUUCCCGUCAUAUUUUCGCUCAUUGUUUCUCACUUAUUCUCUGCUCAUUAGUGCACCCAAAAGUUACUUUUCCAGCAAAAAAAGCAGAGAUAGAAUAAGCACUUGCACUGAGAAUAGCAGUAGGAUCUUAAUAAGGGCAAUGCCUUCUGGAGAAGACAAUGGUGCUUUACGGAACUUCAAGCUGAACGAGUCAACUUUCUUAGCUUCACUCAUGCCCAAGAAAGAAAUUGCUGCGGAUCGGUUUGUUGAAGCCCACCCGGAAUACGAUGGUCGUGGAGUGAUUAUUGCAAUUUUUGAUUCUGGGGUGGACCCGGCUGCUGCUGGGCUUCAAGAAACCUCUGAUGGGAAGCCAAAGAUCUUAGAUGUUAUUGAUUGCACUGGGAGUGGAGAUAUUGAUACAUCAACGGUAGUGAAGGCUGAUGACUGUAGGUGUAUCCGCGGGACAUCUGGGGCUACAUUGGUUUUAAAUUCUUCAUGGAAGAAUCCAUCUGGCGAAUGGCAUGUGGGUUGUAAAUUGGUUUAUGAGCUUUUCACAAAUACGCUAACUUCUCGAUUGAAGAAAGAGAGAGAGAAAAGGUGGGAUGAAAAGAAUCAGGAAGCAAUUGCUGAGGCUGUAAAGCAGCUUGAUGCAUAUGACAAGAAGCACACGAAAAUUGAGGAUGCAAACUUGAAAAAGGUCCGGGAAGAUCUCCAGAGUAGAGUUGAUCUUCUACGCAAGCAGGCUGACAGCUAUGAUGAUAAAGGACCUGUCAUAGAUGCUGUUGUAUGGCAUGAUGGAGAAGUUUGGAGGGCUGCUCUUGACACACAGAGUUUUGAUGAUGAACCAGGAUGUGGGAAGCUUGCUGACUUCGUUCCUUUAACUAAUUAUAGCAACCUAGAAGGUCAAUUGGAAUAUCACAUAUCAAUCAAUCAAAGAGAGAUUCAACAACUAGAAGAAAGAUCGAUUCUUUGGGAUCCUUCCUUUCUUCAAAUGGACAGAGAUAGAAUCAGACCAAUUCCCGAAAUGCCUUUUUGGAUAUUCCUCAAUGUCCUGGCUAUUCACGGAAUGAUUGAACGGAAGUAUGGCAUUUUUAGCAAAUUAGACGCUUGUACAUGUGUUCUUAACAUAUAUAAUGAAGGCAACAUUUUGAGUAUCGUAACCGAUAGCUCUCCUCAUGGUACGCAUGUUGCUGGAAUAACUGCUGCUUUCCAUCAAAAGGAGCCUUUGUUGAAUGGAGUUGCCCCUGGAGCACAAUUGAUUUCAUGUAAAAUUGGAGAUUCACGCUUAGGUUCAAUGGAAACAGGAACAGGCUUGACUCGAGCACUGAUUGCUGCUGUUGAGCACAAAUGUGACCUUAUAAACAUGAGUUAUGGGGAGGCCACUUUGCUCCCUGAUUAUGGUUGUUUUGUUGAUCUCGUGAAUGAGGUAGUCAACAAGCACCGGCUGAUAUAUGUUAGUAGUGCUGGCAACAAUGGGCCAGCAUUGAGUACUGUGGGUGCACCUGGUGGUACCACAUCAAGUAUUAUAGGAGUUGGUGCAUAUGUUUCUCCUACCAUGGCUGCUGGAACUCACAACUUAGUUGAGGCUCCUCCUGAAGGUCUUGAAUAUACCUGGUCUAGUCGAGGACCAACAGCUGAUGGGGAUCUUGGAGUCUGCAUAAGUGCCGCUGGAGGAGCUGUAGCUCCUGUUCCUACAUGGACUCUUCAACGACGCAUGCUUAUGAAUGGAACAUCAAUGUCAUCUCCAUGUGCUUGUGGUGGGGUUGCUCUGCUUGUCAGUGCCAUGAAGGCUGAAGGGAUUCCUGUGAGUCCAUACAGUGUCCGUAAGGCUCUGGAGAACACAGCAAUUCCUGUGGGUGGAUUGCCUGAAGAUAAACUGACUUCUGGACAAGGGCUUAUGCAAGUUGACAAGGCCUAUGAAUACGUUCAGAAGUCAUGUAAUGUUCCAUGUGUGUGGUACCAAGUAAAGGUUAAUCAAUGUGGAAAACCAACACCCACAUCACGAGGUAUCUACCUAAGGGAGGCUAAUUCUUGUCGACAGAAAACCGAGGUGAGAUUCCAUGGUCAAUAGAUGCAGCUGCUUUGGCAUAUUCAUCAACUUUAUUGACUUCUUCAUGUCUUCAAAUUAUGUUUAUCUCAUUUGUUGAGGUUGUUUUCGUGGAAGAUUUUUUACUCAAUUCAUGAAUCUAUUCAAUGUACAAACUUUAUUCAUAGUUAGAACCUUUC